AUUUACUGGAUAAUCAACCCGCGCUUCCUGAUUUUGCUGUUGUACACGCUCUUGCCAAGGCCUCAUUCUGGUUCUCUUCAUGGUGUGACUGCUUCUCAUUGUGUUACAGUAAAUAUAGUAGGUUAUUCAUAAAAUAAUUACGUUUUCUGGGUGGAGAAACACAAAAUUUAUAUGAUUUCACCAAUUUGAACCAUGUCAUCAUCGGAGGAUUAUUCACAUAUGCCAUUCCCCCCUAACUGGGAGCCUAGACUUGAUCCUCAAUCAGGAAAUUGGUUUUAUAUUAAUCAUGAAGAUAAAACAACAAGCUGGGAUGAUCCAAGACCUGCGUAUUACAGAGAUGAAGAAAUUAGGCGUUUAAAUACCUACGUUAUGGGUUUUGGCGAUCGACAGGAUUUAAUUGGGGAAUAUUUUGAUGUACCUGAAGAUUUUCAUAAACCACAUAAACAACAACAUUCAAAAAACAACAAUCCAAAGUCCGGUGAUGAUCGUUCCAUUGCCAGUAAAACACAACGCGGUCGAAGUGAUACUGGUAGAGAAAAUUCAUCAUCAAGAAUAAAAAGUCAUUCUAAACGAAGAACCACACCGACGAAUAAGCGUGAAUCCAGAUCAAGUGUUUGUUCACAAAAUGAUAGUGAAUCGUAUCCUUCUUCAACGUGUGUAUCACCAGUUACACACAAGAAUUUGAAACGUCUCUCGAAUGCAUUAAAAAGUGAUGAUGACAGUCAUGAUCACCAUGGUAAUGAUGAUGAUAAUGAUAAACCGAUCGAAAAGGUGGUGAACAUCAGCCCAAAGCAAAUCGAUGAAGAACUACCUCGCAUUGAUAAAUUAUCACUAGACAAUCAACUUCACAGUACUGUAGCUACCAGCGACACAAGUAACCAAUGUAAAGAAGAGAAAGUGAAGUCAUCAGCUGACAAACAAUCAAUACCACAGAAUAACGCACCACUGAAAUCUACAAAUGGUGAACCAAUAAAUUCCCUCUUAUCAAGCAAAAAACUUAAUCGAUAUCAACCUUGUGGUCCAAAUCCUAGUUUAUUGGGGUCACGUGCCAUCCCCCGUGGUCCUAAUCCACAUCUUGUUCGUGGGCAUAAUGCAUCACUUGUCCGUGGUUCAAUUUAUCAACAGCAGACUGUGAUUUCUUGUCGUGAAGUAUAGUGGAAAAGGAAUUUAUUUAUCUACUUGUCUCUUCGUAUUUAGUCAGAUUUAAUUUAGCAAUAUUGUGAUUAUCGAAUUUUUAAUGAUUGCAGAUUUCCUUCGUUUUUUUUCUAUUUAUGCUCUCUCAGAAGUUUCCAGUAUAAAUUCUAGUCUUCUUUUUAAUCUUACUUACACUAAUAUUCUCGCAUCUUUAACAACUUAUUUACGUGUAAUUUACCACAAAAAGUAAUAAAAUAAUUAUAUAUUCCUGUUUAA